AAACACUCGGCGACACACAAUACAACAAACAGCAAGUAGCAAUCAUCUAGUUGCAGCAUCUGUAGCUUCCUUUUCUUCUUCGUCUACCUUCCGCGGCUAGCUGAUUAAUAGCAACCAUGAUGACCACGAGCUCCUUCGCCGGUGCCGCCGUCCUGCCGCGUGGCUCGGCCGGUCACUUCGGUGUCCAGUCUAUGCCUGCGCUGGCCCGUCGCGCCCUCGUCGUCAGGGCACAAACCGAAGGCCCGAGCUCACCACAGCCAAGCAAACCCAAGGCGAGCACCUCGAUCUGGGACGCGCUGGCGUUCGCCGGCCCAGCGCCGGAGCGCAUCAACGGGCGCCUUGCCAUGGUAGGCUUCGUGACGGCGCUGGCGGUGGAGGCAGGGCGCGGCGAUGGGCUCCUCUCGCAGCUCGGCAGCGGCACCGGGCAGGCGUGGUUCGCCUACUCCGUGGCCGUGCUGUCCGUGGCGUCACUCGUGCCGCUGCUCCAGGGCGAGAGCGCCGAGGGCAGAGCCGGAGCAAUCAUGAACGCCAACGCGGAGCUCUGGAACGGCCGCUUCGCCAUGCUCGGUCUCGUCGCGCUCGCCGCCACCGAGAUCAUCACCGGCGCGCCAUUCAUCAACGUGUAAAACUAGCUCUGUCGUCGACCGGAUAACACAACGUGUACUUAGCUAGUAGGACAUGUAAAUGAUGCAGAGGAACACCAAGAUAUUUAAUAGGAAAGUUAUCAAGUUUACAAUAGAAAAUCUGUGCAAACUCCUUAGUUGGAUCUUGUUCCACGUUAAUGGUCAUAAAAUUACU